AUGGAGUCGUUACGCCAGAAACAGAUUGCUGCGCUGCUGCGUAUGCUCCAUUUGAACGAGCAACCGCCGGCAAUUGACGAGCAAAAGGCCGACGACGGGUCGAACCAGCCGAUAUGGAAGGUUCUGAUAUUCGACAAGUUCUGCCAGGACAUUGUGUCGACAGUGCUGCGCGUCAACGACCUGCGCGACAACGGCGUCACAGUGCAUAUGCUCCUGGAGUCGCAGCGGUCGUCCAUCCCCGAUGUGCCUGCAAUCUACUUUGUGCAGCCCAAGCCUGAGAACAUCAGGCUGCUGACUGCAGACAUGGCCAAGGACCUGUACGAGCUGUACUAUAUCAAUUUUUCGUCCUCGCUGCCACGCACCCUGCUGGAGGACCUGGCGGUGCAGACAACGGCAUCGGGCACGUCCCAUCAGAUCGCACAGGUGUAUGACCAGUACCUGGACUUUGUGUGCCCCGAGGAAAACAUGUUCUCGCUGCAUUUCCCUGACACAUUCGAGGCGAUACACAAUCCGGCCAUGACGGACACAGCAAUGACAGCACUGAUCGAUAAGAUCGUGUCGGGUCUGUUCUCGGUGCUGCUGACGCAAAAGGUUGUGCCAACGAUCUGUGCGCCACGCGGCAACGCAGCCGAGAUGGUCGCAACGCGCCUUGACGCCAAGCUUCGCGAGCAUGUUAUGAACAGCAAACACAAUCUCAUGCUGGUGCACUCGUGGACGUACCAGUCGCUAGUGCACGACGUAUUCGAUAUCAACCUGAGCCAAGUCACGUUCGACCAGACCGAUGAUGCUGGCCGCACAACAAAGAAGUCGUACGAUCUCAAUGUCAGCGACACCUUCUGGGCGAACAACGCUGCCCUGCCAUUCCCCGAGGUCGCCAUCAACAUUGACGAAGCGUCGAAUGCGUUCAAGCGUGAGGCCGAAGAGAUCACGCGCAUGGGCGGCGUUUCUUCGCUCGACGAGGUAACGAACCUCGACAUGGGCGCCAGCACCAAGCAGCUGCAGAAAGCCAUCACGUCGCUGCCCGAGCUGACAGCACGCAAGACGUCGAUUGACAUGCACAUGAACAUUGCCACGGCACUGCUGAAUGUGAUCAAGGAGCGGCAGCUCGAUCUGGGCCGCCAGACCAAGGCGACAAUUCUCGAGGCGAUCAACGACCCCGAGAAGAAGGACGCAGCAGACAAGCUAAGGCUGUUUGUGCAGUUUUUGCUGGCCAACGAGCAGCUGCGCCAGACUGAUAUCGAAGAGCUGGAGGCGGCGCUGAAGAACGCUGGCUGCGAUAUGGCACCGGUCGAAUACAUCACCAAGCUGCGCAACCUGAGCAAGGUCGCGUCAUCAGUAUCGUCGCCCAGCGUCAACGCCAACAGUGCUGGCCUUGGCUCCGGUGGGGCUGGAUCCAGCGACCUGUUGGGAAAGUUCUCGUCUAUCGGCAACCGUCUGACUGGCCUCACAGACAACUCGAGCAUUGGCAGCAUCUUCUCUGGUGUGCGCAAUCUCUUGCCGUCGCGCAAGCAGCUGCCAGUCACCCGGAUUGUUGAGGCAGCCAUGGGCGGAACUCCACGGGCCUCGGCAUCGGCAUGCGGUCCGCAGCUAGCUCCGUUGUCGGUGGAAACAGCAGCUCAGCAAUGCGCAUGGUCGAGGACUUUGUCCACUUUGACCCCAAGCAGGCGCGGCGCGGAACUGGCCGGCUCAAACGGCGUGCGGACUGGCAGAGGGAGCCACGACAGUGCUGCACAGGAAGCCAUCGUGUUUGUUGUUGGCGGCGGCAAUUACGUCGAGUACCAGAACCUAACCGAGUUCGCCCAGCGGUCGACGCCGCACAAGAACAUCGUGUACGGCUCCACCGAUAUCGUCAACUCGAAGCGCUUCCUGGAGCAGCUCGCGCGACUCAACCAGAACUAG